AUGGAAGAAUUUACAGACAUGCAACAAUCCUGUCGUGUGUGCUUGCAGAAAGGUGAUGUAAACAUAUGGAAUCACAAGGUGAAAAUAUGUGAGGAUGACACGUUCAUAGAUGCUAUAGAACUAAUCAAUAUUUUCAGUGAUACGGUAUGUAAAUGAUGCACAAAUAUAAUAUUUGCAGUUGUAAUGAAAAUGCGUUUGUUUUUUUUACAGCUUGCCCUACUGGAACUCUCAGAUGUUAUGCCCCUCCUUUGCAUGCAGUGCCUGGAGGAAUUUAAAAUAUGUUACAAAUUCUAUGAGAAAUUAAAAACAGCUAGUUCACAGCUUGGUGCUUACUAUCAAGAAUACCAUGACCAUUGUAAGAAAACCGAAAAUGUGUUAGAUGUUGAUCCACCCGAAGAAAUAAAUGAAGAAUCGAAUUUUAUUUUGGAGUGCACAAAUGAAAAUCCCGAAACAGAAAUUCAGAAAGACGAAUCUGACACGCCAGACACCGAAGACUUACUUCUGCACAUACCCCCCAAAAAUGUUUCCCCCAAUUAUCAAAUAAGCACUAAUUCGUCUUAUGUGGUAACACAAUAUUUCCCCACUCUAUUGCAAACAGUCGACUCAUCAUCAUAUACAAAUCCCGGAGAAGUCAAUGAGAAACGAAAUCUACUAACAAUAGACUGUAAAGCAGUCGAAGUGAAGGACGUAAAUGAACUUCCAAAUUUGGAAUCUACAUCUUUUUUAGAUAAUAAAGCAACGGAAAACCCCACCUCACGGGCUAUAUACAUGUGUCAGUAUUGUCCACAAGCAUUUGCUAAAUUAGAAUUUUUAAAAACUCACACACAAAAAUCUCAUGUAUGCAAAUUUUGUACGCAACCCUUUAAUAUGGCAGCGGAACUUUAUCGUCAUAUUAGAGAAGUCCAUACGGAACAUCGAUGUGUUAUAUGUCAAAAAACCUUAAGCUCCAAUACAAAUCUAAGGCAUCACAUACGGCGUGUACAUCAUAUUCAAUUGCCACCUAAAAUGACAAUAUUGGAUGUUAUACCAAAAAAUGAAGUGGAAGACGAAAUAGAUGAGUUAAAUAAUUUAGUGAGUAUAGGACAAGAAGAUAUUACGGAAAAUGUAUUAGAUGCAAGUGUGUAUAUUUCAUCAGAUUAUAUUGUCGAACAAGUGAUAUAA